CAAUGACGCGAUCAGAAAGCGACAGUUCGAAACAUCUGAUUCAUUCUAAAGUGACAGAAUGUACAACCGCUGAUGAAGAAACGUCACCCAAUUCGAUGGUUAAAUUGAGUAAAACUUUCUCAUUCAAAUAUGCAUUUUGUGUUUGAAUAGCUAAUCUAUGCACUGUUAAGUGCGGUUGCCAAUAAAACGAAAGAAGAAGAAGAAGAAGAAGAAGAAUAGCUAAUCUCUUUGACCAUGAAGUUGGUUCAUAAAGACAUCGAGAAGGAUAAUGCCGGUCAGGUGACACUAAUACCUGAGGAAGCAGAGGACAUGUGGCACACCUACAACCUGCUGCAGGUGGGCGACAGCCUCAGAGCCUCAACCAUCAGGAAAGUGCAGACAGAGUCCGCCACGGGCAGUGUGGGCAGCUCACGUGUGCGCACCACACUGACUCUAUGUGUGGAGACGAUAGACUUUGAUUCCCAGGCCUGUCAGCUCAGAGUCAAAGGAACAAACCUCCAGGAGAACCAGUAUGUGAAGAUGGGAGCCUAUCAUACGAUUGAGCUGGAGCUCAACAGGAAGUUCACUCUCGCCAAAAAAGUCUGGGACAGUGUGGUGUUAGAUAGAAUUGAGCAGGCAUGUGAUCCCGCUCAGAAAGCAGAUGUGGCUGCUGUUGUGAUGCAGGAAGGUCUGGCCAAUCUGGUUCUCGUGACUCCAGCCAUGACCUUACUAAGGGCGAAGGUUGAGGUCACCAUCCCACGCAAGAGGAAAGGCAGUUGUACCCAACAUGACAAGGCAUUAGAGAGAUUUUAUGAGGCUGUCAUGCAGGGCAUUCUGAGACACUUCAGUUUUGAUGUGGUGAAGUGUGUUCUGGUGGCCAGUCCAGGAUUUGUGAAAGAUCAGUUCAUCUCGUACCUCUUUAAAGAGGCUGUGAGGCAAGACUGUAAACUUCUUCUGGAGAACAGAUCCAAAUUCAUGGUGGUGCACUCCUCAUCUGGACACAAAUAUUCACUCAAAGAAGUGCUGUGUGAUCCAGCAGUCACAGCCCGAUUGUCUGACACCAAGGCAGCUGGAGAGGUCAAGGCUUUGGAAGACUUUUACAAGAUGCUUCAACAGGAGCCUGAUCGAGCUUUCUAUGGAUUGGCUCAUGUGGAAAGAGCGAGUGAAGCUUUAGCCAUUGACAUCUUGAUGAUCAGUGACCAACUAUUUAGACAUCAAGACAUAGCCACCCGCAGCCGGUAUGUUCGGCUUGUAGACAGCGUGAAGGAAAAUGGAGGAGAUGUCAGAAUAUUCUCAAGCCUACAUGUAUCUGGAGACCAGUUGAAUCAGCUGAGUGGAGUGGCGGCCAUCCUGAGGUUCCCCAUCGCUGACGUGUCUGACGCUGAGGAGGACAGCAGCUCUGAUGAAGACUGACAACAUGCUCUUCUGCAAAAGGAUUAGAUAUGAACGGGUGGAACUGCUUCGCAGUUUGGAACUAAAGGGAAUGAGACUGUUAUGCCCCUAAAUAAAGGAUAUGAAAUCAGUUGAAACGUCACAAAACACCGGUAUAAUUAUGAUUAUUUGGAGUGAUUAUUAAGCAGGAAAGCUGAAGAAUAUUAUGAAGUACUGGAUGUAUAUUACUUUAUAAAUCCUUGUGUUAUAUCUUAUCAAGGAUGUAUAAUAACACACAUUGCUAAGUGGGUACUCGGCAGUCUUUGAAACAACACUUAAUUGUGAAUAAUUGCAAAUUAAUCUAUAGAGUCUUAAGGCAUUUCAGAACUGUGGAUUAUUUGAAUAGUUCCGACAUUGGUACCUUAAUUGCAAUGCACCGGUUUCAGAAAAGAGCAAUUAUGAAUGAGAAACAAACCAAACUAAGGAAGAAAAUGCAGUUUCGAAACAAAUGCUCCAAACGAGCCAGGUUUGAAAACACGCAUAGUAAAUGUUCAACUAUGUCUCUAUAUGCACUACUCAGAUUAACACCCAUUGGUGUAAAUAGUAAAAUUUGUUUUCAGAGGUGAUUCGAUUCUAUUCAGAAAUUGCCCUUCAUAUUUUGCACCAUGUUUUAUGAUGCAUUCAAGUCAUGUAGGAAAGAUACUUUUUAUCAAUUUAAUUAAUGCACAAAAUGAUAUCACGAAAUCGUAAUUAUGCGUGGGUAACUCAAUACAGCUGUUAUUUUUCCCUUAGUUUUCGAGUUGGGGGCAUGUCAGUGAGAAAACAAGUUGGACACAAUAGAUGCACCAUCUAUAUCGACUAUAGAUUUGUUGAAACAAUUAAGUUGUAUUUCUUUUACAAUAAAAAUCUCCAGUGCUGGCCCAAGCCUUUAUGGGGCCCUUUGCAGAAUUUUACAUGGGGGCCCCCUCAGUGCUGCCGAUAUGACUGAUUCUUGUCAAUGCUUGAUUAAUCACACACUAUAAAUCUAACACACCCAAAAUAAAUUGUAUUUGCUGUAGCUGUGUUGCUUACUUCA